UGGCCAACAUUUCAUGUCUAUAUACGGGUUAAUCAGGAUGUGUACCCGAUAAACCGUCAUUGUUUAUUUUUAUGACGGCUGAUAGAGCGUGUUUGUUGUUAGAAAUCUGUGAAAGACAGCGAGAGCGUUGUACUUAGUGUAAACAUGGAAGACCGGUUUUUGCUGUAACCCGACGGGACGCCGCUGAAAACUUCACGCUUUCUUAUGAAAGUCCCCGAUGAGUUUAUCUCACCAGUAACGGCCACAGCCAAAGGCUCUCACGGCAAUACGAGAUUUUGGUGGCUGCAACUAGGACAGCCCAAUAACCAGGUGGCAGUCUCCGGCUGGGGCCCGUGGUCCGGAUUUGGGUUCUGCUGUAACGGAGUUCAGCGUCGGAUCCGGUAUUGCCGCAUUCCGAGCUACCUCGGCUCAGCCGGAUGCGACGGGCCGACUUGGGAGGAAUUCGUGGCCUGCCCAGAUGGCGCUACUGAUACCUGUGCUACGUUAGUAUCCGGUAAAUAGCUAGGACCGGAUGAUCCGGAUGACGGAUCAGGAUCCGGUGAAGCGGAUAUGAACACCAUAUUGGAUUGAUCAGGAAUCCGUACUCUUCGAUAGGAGAGAAUGAGACAUUGAUAUUGAUACAGACGGAAAUAAUAGCAUUUCUUUUAAAAAUAGCGGAGGGAAAUUUGCUUCCGAAUUCAGUAUUAAAAUAUUAUCAAAGAUAGACACUGGAAGAAAUCAGAGAAAUACUAAAUUAGUUCUGAAAAUAGACCAGAGAUAGCCGACAGUGACUUGACUGCUUAGUGUUUUAAAGUACUAGUUGAUCUCAUGAAAUCGACUUAUUAACGAUUGAAUUUAUUCUGCCACUUUUUAUUUCAAACUCGAUUUGUACCUGUAAAUAAUAAUGUGUGCAUUUUAUCGAUUGCAUUAUAA